UCCCCUUCUCUAAUCUCUCUCUCUCUCUCUCUCUCCACUCUUUUGCUUCGGAUUGUACCGACAUGGCUCCGAGCAAAUGGGAUUUCUCCGCUUCUCCUUAGACCUAACUAAUCAAGCUCUGCUUCCACUUCAUCCUCAAGUUACUGCAAUUGGGAUCUUCUUCAUCAACCACUUUGUUAGAGGUUAGAGGAAGAAAAUGGCUAUGCAAACUGUUCAUUACAAAGAACAUGAAGGACUUGGGCAGCUGACAUCAGUGUUACCUUGGUGGGGUUCUGCCUUUGGAUCUCAACAAGCUUAUGGUGAAUCAUGUGGCAACUCUAAGCCUUUUACCAUGGAGCUUCACGAUAGUGGAAACCAACUCACUGCCACUAAGCGACCCGGGCGGGGCAGUACUGAACAAGGACUUGAUAAAGGGAACACAAAUCAGUUCACAGUCUUCCCUGGGGAUAAGCAAAAAUUGCAGCCAGCAAUCUCUCUGCAAUCAUCUCCACCAAAACAUCGAGGUCAUUUUGAGCUGGGAUUCAGCCAGCCUAUGAUCUGUGCAAAAUAUCCAUACAUGGAUCAAUGUUAUGGACUCUUCUCAACAUAUGGACCUCAAGUUUCGGGACGCAUAAUGCUGCCACUGAACUUGACUACAGAUGAAGGACCAAUCUAUGUCAAUGCUAAGCAAUACCACGGAAUCAUGCGGCGCAGACAAUCUCGUGCAAAGGCAGUCAUGGUGAACAGAGCAGCUAGGCUCCGUAAGCCAUAUAUGCAUGAAUCACGGCAUCUUCAUGCCGUGCGCCGACCAAGGGGCUGUGGUGGACGUUUUCUGAACACCAAGACUUCGAACAAUGGGAAAACUGGAAAUGGAAUCAAGCAAGUUGGUGAUAUGCAGCUGUUUAGGCACUCUGGUUUUCAGAACUCUGAAGUCUUGCAAUCCGAAAGUGGAACUUUGAACUCAUCAAAAACAAAUGGCAGCAGUUCCAACAUAUCCGGCUCAGAGGUGACCAGUACGUACUCUAGGGGAAAUCUUGAUCGUUUUUCAAGGAAUCAUCAUCUCGGACACUCUGUGCAAUCUCUGUCAGACAUGAUGGAGGGCACGCGUGGCAUGGUUAUGCCUACGAAAUAUAUCGCAGCAGUGGAUCACUGCUGCAACCUCAAUGUCUGAUAGCAAGCGGAAGAUGGGGUUGGUGCUAACUUGUUACAUUAACCCCAUCAUUUCUGCGACCAAAUGGAGAAGCUUAGUUGUAGUUACUGGUAUGGUUAUUUGCAACAGGUUUUGGUUCACAGGAUCGUCCUACCACCAUUUGGUUGCUAUCAGAAGGCAACUCAUUCUUGGCUCGUGAUCAAACGGGGUGUUUACUUCCAUUCCAAGCAUCUCUGCUGUUAGGUUGGCUAGUGAAAACCCCGUAUGCAUCACAAAUUACUUAAGUAGACUUUUAUAUAUAUGGCUCUCUUCCCUUAUAUCAGAAUAAGAACAUGAGAGUCUGGCGACUAGUAUGUGCUUUGUGACCUGAAGAAGUUUAGUUUGUGGCGUGUGAUACUAUAGAAUUUAAGUAUCUGUAUUUUUGACAUAUUCCAGUGGUGUAAUGUACCAGUAUAGAACUAAAUGUUUGUGUUGUGGUGUGCAAGUUCACAAGAAUAAUGUAAGAUAACUUUCCCUAUCUUAUGUG